AUGGCUGCUCUAGAAGAAAACAGAUCAUCACUAUUCGACGUCGACGUCGAACUGGCGAAGAUAGCCGCUACCUGUCUAACCUCUCAAAACUACGAACAGCUAGCGGGCAACAUUGUGAGGCACGGCGUAGCGCGAUCAUCAUUCGGCGUGUAUUUGAUGAGAGAAAGCGUGGCCACAAUAGGUCUCGGUGAAUUGCGUGCGGCACUCGGGUUUGCCCCACCGCCACCGUGGCAACACUUUAACGAUACCAAACCGAGUGAAGACGAGCUUUCGGCCACACCGACCAUCGAAGCAUACUACGAGUUGAGAGAACCUCGCUCGUUGGAAAGAAGUCUUGAUAGCUUUUACUUGCUGGAGAACAAUAUGAUGUCUGGGAUCGCCUUUUUGGAUGCGAGAUUUCCGACGAUACGAACGAUGUUUAAACGUUCAUUUGAAGCUAUACGUCAGCCAGGAUUACCGGAUAGAAUACUUGUCGAUCACUUUAUUGACAAGUUUGUCAAAGUUCGGAGAAAAGUAAAUAGCGCAAUCAGAAAGAUGCAUGAUAGAGGAGAAGAAUGCUUGGAUGUUCAAGUUGAUUAG